CUGAGAUCCAACUUCACUGAAAAGGAGUGAGCGUCACCAGCCAGUCUACAGCAGUUCAGGGGAAAGUUCACCCCUCCUCUUUCUCUCUCUCUCUCCUCAUCAGAAACCUUCCUCUACUCCUCUAGAGCAUUGGUUAAUUCACAAAUAACAAAGUAAGGAUGCCAUGCAACUUGUGGAUCAUUUUCUUCAUUGGACUGCUAAGUUGACUGAUUUCUCUACAUUUUUUCUCUCCGAAGAGAUGUCCUUUCCUCUGUUGUCAACGUCUGAGCGGUGACAACUAAAGCCUUCUACUUCCCGACAUACAAUAUUACUCUACACUCUGGGAUCUAUAUAUCUGGACUUCUAUAUAUCUGACCUCAUCCUCAUCCUCUUUCCCAGGGUUGUGAUUACACUUUUCAGCCCUGAGAUUAACCUUGAGAGUUCAGAGCAAAACAAAGGGAUUAAAUAUUAACUGGGAGAAUCUAUCUUCCACACAUCAAGAAGAUCCUGCUGUCACACUGAAGGCAACGGGGCUUGAAUAGUGAAAGUCAACUGAUAGCCUACUCAAGAUGGCAUACCCAACAGAUUACUCUCUCAUAGCCAUACCCCUCAUACCACAAUAAGGACAACGUUAGAGAAACAACAUGGAAGGUGAGGGAAUACAGAACUUAUCCAUAAAUGGCAAUGCAUCAGACAUCCACCCUGUCACACACAGUCUAUGGGAGGUCAUAACCAUAGCAACUGUGUCGGCCAUCGUGAGCCUGAUUACGAUAGUGGGGAACGUCCUGGUGAUGCUGUCGUUUAAGGUAAACAGCCAGCUGAAGACAGUCAACAACUACUACCUGCUGAGUUUGGCUGUAGCUGACCUCAUUAUAGGUGUGUUCUCUAUGAACCUCUACACCUCCUACAUACUGAUGGGAUACUGGGCACUGGGGAGUGUGGCCUGUGACCUCUGGUUGGCUUUGGACUACGUGGCCAGUAAUGCGUCAGUGAUGAACCUGCUGGUCAUCAGUUUUGACCGGUACUUCUCCAUCACCAGACCCCUGACCUACAGAGCCAAGCGCACCCCCAAACGGGCUGGGGUCAUGAUAGGCAUGGCCUGGCUGGUGUCCCUCAUCCUGUGGGCCCCUCCCAUACUGUGCUGGCAGUAUUUUGUGGGGAAAAGGACAGUCCCUGAAAGGCAGUGUCAGAUCCAGUUCUUCUCGGAGCCAGUGAUAACAUUUGGGACAGCCAUUGCUGCGUUUUACAUCCCAGUGUCAAUCAUGACCAUCCUGUACUGUCGGAUCUACAAGGAGACGGAACGUCGCACCAAGGACCUCGCGGAGCUCCAGGGCAUCAACAGUUCCACAGACACUGGUGUCACCAAGCCCCAGAAAACCAUCAUUAGAUCCUGCUUCAACUGCAAGCAGCUCAGCUCAGCCUCCCGGGACAGAACCCAGGCCUCCUGGUCCUCCUCCAACAGGAGCAAUGCAGCCAAAUCAGCAGCAGCCACCAACGACGAGUGGUCCAAGACUGACCAGCUGACCACCUUCAACAGCUAUGCCUCCUCGGAGGACGAGGAGCGGCCCGUGUCCCCGGGGGCCUUUCAGCCCACCUGCCAGGAGUGUAGGCAGAGCACGGGUGCAGCGGGCUGUGAUAAAGAACAGCUCAGCAGUUAUGAGGAGAACAACUUCUUCCACACGCCACCAAAGACCAACUCCCAGAAGAGCAAGAAGUGUGUGUCCUACAAGUUUAAACCAGUUCCCAAAGACACUAGCAGCGGUGCCCAGCAAAGCAAGAAUGGGGACACUAACAUGGCCCCAUCAUCUUUCUCUUCAGCAGACUCUAUGAGUGCCCCACCCUCCACCUCCUCCUCCAAGCCAAUAGACACCACUCUGAAGAUCCAGCUGACCAAGAGGAAGAGGAUGGUGCUGAUUAAGGAGAGGAAGGCUGCCCAGACUCUCAGUGCUAUCCUGCUGGCCUUUAUCCUGACGUGGACACCAUACAACAUCAUGGUGCUCAUCUCCACCUUCUGUUCUGACUGCAUCCCUGUGUCUCUCUGGCACCUGGGCUACUGGCUGUGCUAUGUCAACAGCACAGUCAACCCAAUGUGCUACGCCCUCUGUAACAAGACCUUCCAGAAGACCUUCCGCAUGCUGCUGCUCUGUCAGUGGAAGAAGAAGAGAGUGGAAGAGAAACUUUACUGGUACGGUCAAAACCCUGUAGUGAGCAGCAAGCUAACAUGAGCCAUUCACACCUUCCUUUCAGAGGAACGAGUAUGAAGACUAUAUGACUCGAUAGAUGUGGAAAUAUUUCUGUCAGUAUUUGAGUUAUGUCUACACGUAGGGUGUAUCAAAAGUGCAAAGGUUAGAGACAAGACUCUAGUUUGUCAAUGGUAUUGUUCUUUAAUCAAUACCUUGAUCACUGCUCACAAGGAAUUCAGAAGUGUUUGAUAAUCUUGCCCCAAAUGCUGAUACUGUACACCAAUACAUAAUUGAGCAUGUAAAUAUUAAAAAUAACCCAACAUGCACAAAAAAAGUUAGAGAUAUUUAAUAGAAAAACAUGUUCUGAAUGUUUUCUAGGCAUUAUGUUAGACUACAUUGUGUUUAUUUUAAGGGCUAUCACAGUUCUUGACUUGAUUUCAGAGUGAGCUGGAUAACAAAUGAUUGUACACUCUGAUCAUCAAAGCCUUGUUCACAUGUACCAUUGACUUUUGUCAGAUACUAAUAAUCAAACAUUCAACAGCCAAUCUUUCCACCAAUACACAAGCACAAACACAUAUACAGUACAAAUGUAUUCAUCCCUCAAUCCAAAUGAAUCCAGACACCACAGAAACAGAGGGGAAGAGAUUUGAUUAAAGUAAAUGCUGAGUUUGCGAUAUCAAAUUCUAUUUAACGAUUAGUCUUACUCUCAACUCAGCAGCUUUAAUCUGCACAUAAACUGUGUAAAACAUGUGAUUUCAUGCAAUAGUUUAUGGGACACUUCCGCAUAAAGUAUACACCUGACAAAUGACUUGUCAGAUAAGGAUUAGCCUUUAAUCAAUCAGAGUGGGUUCAGUUCAGGCCUAAGCAUGGGAUCAUAUCAGGGAGUGAUUUAAUCUGUCCAGGGUCACUAUAAGUCACCCAGUACAGUGACAGCCCUCAACAUUUACAUCCAUACUGAGUGGGAGACCGUAGGCUUUGAUUCAUGCACUGUUCUGUGUCCUGUAUUCAUUAGAAUGUGUUUAACAUCUGUCUGUACUCAGGAGACAGGCUUUUGUUUUGGUCAUUCUGUACUGUAUAAUUCUCAUGUCCCCAUUGCUAGACAUUACAUUUACAGAAUUUCAAUUGACCAGAACAAUCCAAAAACGUUCAAAUCGAGUUAUUUAAUCAAGUGUGUCAUCAGAAAAUCUACUGUAAACUUACUGGAUUGAAUCUUAUUUUGAUCCAGUAUAUCUUGUUUUUUGUGCCAACAACCAACACAUUCGUUCAGUGAUAUUAGGUGAGUAAAUAAAUACAGCAAAAGUGGUUUUACGUGUGUAAUAAGCUAUGAUAUAAUGACCACAAAAUGUGGUCUCUGAUCAUUUAGACAUACAGUUCUGGGGGAAAGGUAGAGGGGGAGAUUUAAAUGUAUGAAGACCCCAAAAUAACUAUAGCUUUUUUUUAUGACUUAAAACAAAUGCGUGACGAAUCAGUUGAUACUGAACUGUUUCCUUUACAGCAUUUUGUGAUCAUAUGUCUCUAUGUAUUUCUGAAUUAAAUGUGUUGAACUAUUGUCUCUAUUACGUAAACAAUGUUUUGAGAAGCACUGCGUUAGAAUAACCACAGAUGGCAUGGAUCAACCUAAUCUCCAGACAACAGACUCACAGUUCAUCCUUCUUACAGUCCCCAGUGUGGACCACCUUUACUGUGUCUGAGGGCUUUACCAUCAUCCAGGCGUAUUUACACAGGUGCUCUUUGUUGCAGUCCUUCUGCCAGUAGAUCACGUUCCUGCGGUUGAGGUUGGCCCCAGCACAGGCGUCGUACCACCAGCCCCCUCCCGCCACACCCUGGAACUCCAGCUUAGCACAGUUUUGGAAGUAGUUGUCAUUGUCUCGGUCCUUGGUGGUAAACCUCUGGUUGUCAUGCAGGUAGUUCUCUGUGUCCUGGGUGAGAGCGUCUAAGGCAGAGCCCUGGAACAGACCAAGACGCAGCCUGAACCCAGACCGCUCGUCCUCCACCAUGAAAGGGUCAUACUCGCCAAUCUUGGCGACGGCAUCUUUGUCCACCAGCUUGACCCCCAGCUUGUAGCGUCCUGGCCCUCGGGUGAGAUGGUGGAGGUGUUCGUUCCCCAGCCAGUGGUCACCAUUCAGCAACCCAAAACCCUGCUUGUAUUCGACCCAGGUGCGGUCGAAGUCCACGCUGCUGUUAACCGUGAUGUGCUGUACUACAGUCCAACCACCAUCUUGCAUGGCGCAGUAGGCCAGGAUGGGGUAGUCAGCUGGCUGAAUCAAGUACACUCCAUCUCUGGCCUGACCCCCUGAACCCAUCAACAUCUCAUAGCAGUCCCUGGGGUACU